AUGUUCACGCUGUGUAAGGGCUACAGUGACGACGACGAACAGAAUGAAGAAACAGAAAUAAUCAACGCAGUUUCGGAAAAACAAAAAUCAUUUGAAGAAAAAAUAUCCUACUAUAAAUUAAAAGGAAAAGCAGAAAGAGGACACAUUACAAUUUACACAAACCUGGGUGAAUUCGAAAUAGAACUGUACUGGUACCAUAGCCCCAAAACAUGUUUCAAUUUUUAUUCAUUAUGUGAAAUGGGCUACUAUGACAAUACGCUAUUUCACAGGAUUAUUCCGAACUACAUCAUCCAAGGUGGGGACCCCACGGGCACAGGGAAAGGAGGGAAAAGCAUUUAUGGAGAAUAUUUCGAAGAUGAAAUAAAUAAAGAAUUAAAGCAUACUGGGGCUGGCAUAUUAAGCAUGUCCAAUAAUGGCCCUAAUACAAAUUCCUCACAAUUUUUUAUAACCCUAUCUCCUUUACCUCAUUUGGAUGGAAAACACACCAUCUUUGCAAGGGUAAGCAAAAAUAUUACUUGCAUUGAAAACAUAGCCGCUGUCAAGACAACUGCUACGAAUAAGCCCAUUUUUGAUGUCAAAAUUUUGAGAACCUCAACCGCUGUGAAUGUUGAUUGA